AUGAUGCAUCGUUGCAGUAGCAGUUGUCAUGGAAGUAUGGUGGGUCCGUGUUCAUGUGGUCUGUUUCACAGUCAAAGCAAUGUCACUACUACUACUUCUUCUGCCUUCUCAAUGCUCUUCUCCCAUAACCCUAGUGCUUUUGAUCAUGAAUAUUCGGAAAACAUGUACUCUUUUGCUCCUUCUUCUUCAUCUGUUGAUUGCACUCUCUCCUUAGGGACGCCUUCCACUCGCCUUACUAAUGACAUUAGUGAAAAGAGGGUAGUUCAGUCUCAUGAACGUCGCUCUUCCUACAUGUCCAACUUUUGCUGGGAUAUUCUUCAGCCAAAACAACAUACUCCGUCGCCGCCUUCUUCCGCUCACAAAUCCACUCGCGGCGGUAGCAAUGGUAGUAACACCAACUCUACUGACCCCCUUGUUGCUCGCCGCUGCGCUAACUGUGAUACUACUUCUACUCCGCUUUGGAGAAACGGUCCUAGAGGCCCUAAGUCACUAUGCAAUGCCUGUGGAAUUCGAUUCAAGAAGGAAGAGAGAAGAGCAAGUGCGGCAGCAGCCACCGCUAACGGUGGAAGAGGAGGAGGAGGAGGAAUGGACACACAACACAUGAUAAACAGUACUGCUUCAUGGGUUCACCAUUCACAACCCCCCAAAAUGCCUUGUUUCUCUUCAGCUGCCUAUGGAAAUGAACUCAGGUUUAUAGAAGAUGAUGACCGUGAUUCUGAUGCCACCGCCAUUCCUUUCCUUCCUUGGCGUCUCAAUGUUGCUGAUAGGCCUAGUCUUGUUCAUGACUUCACUAGAUAAGGAUUAAAAUUAGGAUGAAUGUUUCAAGCAGCGUUUAAAUUUCACGAAAAGAAGAAAAAAAGAAAAAUGGAAGCCCCCCAUUACGUGUCAUGAUGAUGGUGAUGGUGGCGAUAUGAUGGCUACGGUUCAAGAAAUUCUUUUGCUUUCAGCUGUUAUCUUUUUGGUCCAUCUUUCACAGAGAUGGAGUGAAAAUGAGUUAAUUCUAUGUUUUUGUUUGUUGGCAUUUCUUCCUUUUGGUAGUAGUUAUCGUUAUUCUAGUAUCUUUAACUUUUCACUUUGAUGAUGAUCAGUCAAUAUAUAUAUACUAAGCAGUGGCACCACUUUUUUCUGUUA